AUGGACGCUCAGCAAUACAUGCUAGAGCAGCACUCGCAACAGCAGCAUCAGAGCUCUUCAUUGACGCCUGUAGUGGGUAGCAACAGCAACAGCAGUAGUAGCACGACCACAGCUGGCAGCUCGAGUGUUGUUCCACAACCCACAGAUUCACAACAUGCGACACCUAAACCUGCACAUACGAAUACAUUUGUCCAUAAGCUAUACAACAUGGUUGUCGACAAUCAAUACCAGCAUCUUAUAGCAUGGACGUAUACUGGAUCAUCCUUUGUCGUAUGCAACAUUAUGGAGUUCUCUCGUGAUGUCUUGCCCAAGCACUUUAAACACAACAACUUUUCAAGCUUUGUACGGCAACUCAACAUGUACGGCUUCCACAAGGUGAACAAAUCGCCACGGGGUCAUCGUACACUUGCCGAGAAUCAAAUCUGGGAGUUUUCACAUCCACGCUUUUUACGUGAUCGACCUGAUUUAUUGGAUGAGAUCAAACGAAAGACGAUCGACAAUGACACAACAAAGAACCGUGACAAUCGAGAUCUUCACAGCCAUAUGACAGUGAUGCAGGUCAAUCACUCAGAAAUGAUGCAACGUAUCAACCAUCUAUCAGAAAACUUCAAUCAACUUGUCAAGGAAUUACAAGAAACGAGGAAAAAGCAGGAGUCCCAGGAGGAAUUGCUAAAGAACAUGCUAAAUGUCAUUACGCAACAACAUGGGGGCACAUUACCACCCGAAUUGAAAGCUGAUCAGGAAUAUGAAGAUCGAGGAGGAUCAUCCACACCUUCAAUAUUAAUCACUUCACCCGACAUGUUUCCUCCAACAACGACGCAUCAUUACACACGUGGUGGCCUUACAGUACAAACGCAUGAUCUUCCAGCGCAACACUUAUCAUCCUUAAGUCCAUUUGGAAUGGUAUCCGAUGAUGAUAGUAGUUCAUUGUAUUCACCACAUUCACCUCAUACACCCACUUCUCAACAACAACAACAUUCACUUAAUGUGGAUGCACCACGACCGAAUACUCCCAGUGAUCAAUUUGCUGCUACUUUUGCUAUCAAUCCACUUGAUUCUCUCUCUCACCACCACCAACCUCGAUAA